AUGAUCACGGACGUACAAUUAGCCGUAUUUUGCAACAUCCUGGGAGUUGCGCUAUUUUUCUUAGUCUUUCUCUUCCACUACAUAAAUGCCAAUUAUUCGAAAUAAGGAGAGAAGCAAAAUUGUCAUUUAAAGUUUACCUAAUGUAACAUAACCUGCGUUAUUAAAUUGACAACAUGUAUGUCUCUCUUCCACGUUGACCAUAAUGUUCAAUAAAUAUGUCAUUUUGCAACUUUAAAAUA